AUGACUUCUGAGCGUCAACUUGCAUUACCUAACGAUCUGCUCCACCUUUCUCAGGCGGAUCCAGAGGUUUACGAGCUUCUUCAAGAAGAACGCGAGCGUCAACGUGAUUCCAUCGAUCUGAUAGCUUCUGAGAACAUGGCAAGUCUUGCGACUUUGGAGGCACUUGGAUCAGUCUUCACUAACAAGUACUCUGAAGGUUACCCUGGUCGUCGAUACUAUGGUGGUUGUGAUGUAAUUGACAAGGUUGAACGUUUAUGUAUAAAGAGGGCUCUGCAAGCUUUUAACUUGAAUCCAGAGGAAUGGGGAGUGAAUGUCCAGCCAUUAUCCGGUAGUCCUGCUAACCUUGAGGUUUACGUGGCGUUACUACAGCCUCACGACAAGAUUAUGGGUCUUCGUCUAUCUUCUGGUGGUCACCUUACUCAUGGUUUCCAUGUAGGUCAAAAGAAGAUUUCUGCAUCUGCUGUGUUUUACACUCCUUUAUUGUACGAUGUUGACAAAGAGACUGGUUUGCUGGACUAUGACGAGAUUGAGAAGCUGGCUAAGGCUUACAACCCACGACUUAUCAUUGCUGGUGCUUCUUGUUACAGUCGUUACUGGGAUUACAAGCGUUGCCGUGAAAUAGCUGACAAGGUUGGUGCGUAUCUUAUGGCUGACAUGGCCCACAUUGCUGGUCUCAUUGCCGGAAAAGAGCACCCAUCACCUUUUGAAUACUGCCAUGUCGUCACGUCAACGACCCACAAGACCCUGAAAGGCCCUCGUCACGGUUUGAUUUAUUACAGCAAGAAGGUGGAUCCCCCAAUUGAGGAUAAGAUUAACUCUGCCGUGUUCCCAACUAUGCAAGGAGGUCCUCACAACAACACCAUUGCCGCUUUGGCAGUUCAGUUGAAAACGGUAAUCUCCCCCGAAUGGAAAUUGUACGCUAAGGGUAUCGUGGACAAUGCACGUAGGCUCGCUGCUGAAUGUGAGAAGCGUGGUUUCUUGGUAGUCACUGGCGGUACUGACAACCAUACUAUUGUGAUUAACUUGAAACCUUUCGGUGUGAAUGGUAACAAGGCUGAGCACAUUUGCAACGGCAUCAACAUCGCUGUGAGCAAGAGCACCGUGCCUGGUGACGUUAGUGCUAUGAACCCAUCUGGUCUACGUCUGGGUACGGCAUUGAUAACAGCACGUGGAGGUAAACCCGAUGACAUGGUAUUUAUCGCCGAUGCUCUGCUGGAGAUGAUCCGUAUAUGUCAGUCGUUGCAAGGUGGGUUGUGUAAUAUUAUUUUCUAUGUGUUUACAGAGGCACAUGGUACUAACCACGAAGACUUUAAGAAAGGUUCUGAAGGUGACGAGCGAAUCUCAGCGUUGCGCACCAAGGUCCGCGAGUGGAUCCGUCAAUUCCCUAUCGUUAGCUAA